GGCACCCCCGCGGGAUCCACACCGCGGCCCCGCGUUCCUCCUCCGCGGCCCGUCCCGCAGCGCUCCCCGCGGGAGGCGGCGCGGGCGGGCCGGCGCGCGCCUGCGCGGGAGGCGGCGCCGGGCGGUGAAGUUGGUGGGGGCGCCGGUAAUAAAAUGCAUAAGCUUAAAUCGUCUCAGAAGGACAAGGUCCGCCAGUUUAUGGCCUUUACCCAGGCUGGUGAAAGGACUGCUAUAUACUGCUUAACGCAGAAUGAAUGGAAACUAGAAGUGGCAACAGACAACUACUUCCAGAAUCCAGACUUAUACUACAAAGAAUCCAUGAAAAAUUCAGUAGACAGGAAGAAAUUAGAACAAUUGUAUAAUCGAUACAAAGACCCACAAGAUGAAAAUAAAAUUGGCAUUGAUGGGAUUCAGCAGUUUUGUGAUGAUUUAAGCCUGGACCCAGCCAGUAUCAGUGUCCUGGUUGUAGCAUGGAAAUUCAGGGCAGCUACUCAAUGUGAAUUCAGUAAAAAGGAAUUUGUUGAUGGUAUGACAGAGUUGGGGUGUGACACCACAGAAAAACUAAAAGCUCUAUUGCCAAGACUUGAACAAGAGCUAAAGGAUCCAACAAAGUUCAAAGAUUUUUAUCAGUUUACUUUUAACUUUGCUAAAAACCCUGGACAAAAAGGUCUAGAUUUAGAAAUGGCAAUUGCAUAUUGGAAUUUAGUCUUGUCAGGAAGGUUUAAAUUUCUAGAUCUUUGGAAUAAAUUUUUGUUGGAACAUCAUAAAAGAUCAAUUCCAAAAGACACUUGGAAUCUUUUGUUAGACUUUGGAAAUAUGAUUGCAGAUGAUAUGUCCAACUAUGAUGAAGAAGGGGCAUGGCCUGUUCUAAUAGAUGAUUUUGUGGAAUAUGCACGACCAAUAGUCACAGGAGGAAAACGUAAAACUUCCUAACCCCAGACCUGUCAAUAUGGACUAAACAUGCUCUCUGAACUGCACUGGGUGAUGAAGAUUUGUUAACUGAAAACUGCACAUUUUUGCUGGUUUCAGUAGUCGUGAUGACAUUCUGCAGACAAAACUGAAAUUCUUCCUUUCUGCCUAAAGAAUAUGAUGGCUGACUUGUGGACACUUCAAGAACAAACUCAGAAGAUAGUUCAGGCUGUUUGUAGGCUAUUGGCUUCAAUUAUUGUACUGGUUAUAUCAUAUAGGAUGUAGAUUUUGCAUGAUUUUAUACUUUGGAGAAGUUUAACUAGAGGCCGUUUUAUUAAAGUUUUGACAGCACAGCAUGCCAUUCAGUUCAUGAUCCAAAGUGAACACCAGCAGUUACAUAAAUAAAACUGUAUUAUAUUGUACUUAUAUUAAAAGCAGUAUUUGUGGUAUAUAAAUUAAAUCCCUAAAUAAAACUUACGCAGUAUGUUGUAUUUUUAUAAAAGUUAGUUCUGUGGAUCUGUCCUAAUACAGAAUUGUAACAAAACCAAACAAAACAACUUAACGCUUUUUUUGUUUUUAAUUGUUGCCCAAACUUACAGUUUUUACUUUUAAGUCCUAGUUGUGUAGAUUAAUUAUAUCCAGCCUUUUGUUUUCUCCCAAUGAGAUUAAUAUCCUCAUUAUUCUUCUUGAAGCGCUUGGACAUGUAGGAAUAGCAUUGCUGAGGACAGGCUGCUGCUCUAUGCUGUAUUGCACCUCCAGCUUUUUUUUAUUAACCAUUUCAAAAUAGACAUUGAACAACCAAAGAUGCUUUUAUAAUUCAUGUUUGAUUAUCUUAAUUCAGUUAGUCUUCAGUUAUGUGUUUUAUUUAUUUUCAAUAAGGAACUGGUGGAAUGUGGAUGUUAUUGAUAGCUUGAAACAUACCAUAAAUUCUAACUAAAUGCAACAUAGUUAUAAAUGCAGUUCCUGGCACUUCUCACAGAAAAUGUAUGUGAAUAAGCCCAAAGACUUAACUAGUUGAUUUCUAUGUUGGAAAAAGAGCUAGGGGUAAGGAGACUUUAUAUUAAUGAUUAUAAGUAUUCAUGCCUCUGGAUAUAUUAUGCAUUCUAUUUUAUAUAUUUAAGAGGGGGGAGGAAGAGUAAAUUGAUGCAGUUUCAGUGAUCUCAAGGCUGGUGGAAUUGGACUGAUUUUUCACCAAAUCUGAAUUUGUUCAGUCAUUUGUUUCUCCCCUUAUGCCAUUGAUUGAUUAUAAAGUGUACAGAGGUCAGUCUCCUCUUCCUCAAAAGUGUCUUCCACUGUCUAAGCAUAAAAAAGUUUUACCAGAAACUGUUCAGCAUGUCUUCACACGGGGCUCUUUCAAAUGCUACCUCUUAAAAAUGAGUUUGUCAUAGGCACUGUAAAAUUUUGUUAAAAUGAAGUGUUGCUAAAGUGUGUACAGCUAUGAUCAAUAUAUUUUUCUGUAAUCAGAGAUGAAUAGGUGCAAGAAUUUUGGAGAAAAUAGUGCAUUAAGUUAUAUAAACUAUGUUUGUUUGGAUCACUUAAGCAUUGCAUGACAGGAUACUGUUUUAUUUUGUUGUUGCAAGGGUAUAAAAGCUUGUAAUAUUCUCUUAAACUCUAAUAUUUAGAGUUUCAUACAAGCAGUCAGCUUUGAUUUAUGUCAAUGCAAUCUGCAAGAACAAACAUACAUGCUGCAUACAUAGAGAUUGCCUUCAUUCUUCCCCUUGAGAGAAUUUCAGUUGUGCAUGUUGUUUAAAAAGCAGGAUUAGGGCAAAUUUUAACAAAUUAGCAAGUUUUCUCCUAGUAAGAGUAUAGCAAGCAAAUUAAAAAUGCCCUGAGAGUGAUUUAUUGUUAGUCUAUCUUUUUGCCCUUGCAGGGCAGCCGCCAGGUGUCAGCAUCUCAGCUGGCAGCUGCCUCCUGCUUCUGGGUAAAGUUAGCCAGGAAGGUUAAGCCCAGUUGUUACUUUCUGCCUGCACCUUUUUAGAAGGGCAUUUUGUACAUAACUUCUGUAGAAGUCAACGGGGAUUGAAAAGUAGUAUUCUUUUGAAUGGAUUUAUCUACGUUUCCCUCCCAAAACAAGCCAUUUUUGUAUCAGUCUCAUAGACUUUGGCAAAUAUGUGACAUCUUGUAGCAUCAAGUGCAUUUAUCUAGCCAAAAGUGGUGGAAUGCUUGUUAUUCACACAAUUGCCACUUAAAAUGUAUAACUAUAUUAUAACUGCACAGAAGUAGUUGAAUCUAUCAGUAUGUGGUGCAACUCGAGUUUCAUAGUGUUAGAGCUUGUGAAACAUUUGUUCAUGCUGAGAGUUCCUUCAAAUCAAUCUGAUGAACCUUUUACCUUUUAAAAUAAAUAGAGCAUAAAAAAGGCAUUGGGAUUGAGGGUUUUUUUUGCCUUGUUAAUCUGAGCAAGAGGGAAGGUGCUUAGCACAAUAAUCAGUUUCUAUAUAUAUAGUUUUACUCACUCGUAAGCCUCGUUCCUGUGAGGAUCCUUCAUGGGAAACAUCUUCCAACCCAGGAGGAGUGGCUAAAAUAUCUGAAGAUAGGAGUUGCCUCUUAUCAGCCAGCUUCUGAGGUCUAGUGCUCUUUUUCUUUUGUUCCUCCUGGUAUUCUAUCCCUUUGAAACCACAUAUGCUUUUUACAUUCCCAUACAUCAUAGCAUGGAGUAACACCUUCACACUUGAACAAGCAUUAAAAAUACAAACAAAUUGCUUUCAAAUUAUGAGUUUCCUAUGUAUUUUAAUAAUUAGUUGCUAUCCACAGUUCCACUUUACAGGGCACUCUAAAUUGCUUUUUAAGUAAGCUGAUACAGUGGUAACACCUAGGCUGAUCAAUUUAUAAUCAUAAAUGGUACAGAUAUCUUCAAGUUGUUCGGUGCAUACAGUAUUACUUCACAGAUAUGCUGUAUGUAUUUUUAAACUUAGUGCCAAGUUGUUUGGUUUUACAUCCUAGAGGGUUUGAAACUGAGCCAUAGGAUUUGUACUUGCCAAUUCUAAAUUUAAAUGUGAUUUAUCAUGUGUGUCAUGCCAAGGAGAGCAAACCUGCAGGCAUCUGCUCAUUCAGUGCACCUGGGAGAUUUGCCUCUGAGUAAGCUGUACGUGUGUAAAUUUUGUGGCAAUGGAAAAAGGAAUAAAUGGACUGUCAACAUAAAGGAUUGAAGUCAUGUGAGACAUCUGUAUGGUUUUCAUCAGCUCUCUGCUUUGGAAGUCUUGCAAAGGCCAGUGGGUUUUUUGUUAUCUGGUUCAUUUAUUACAUUCUUGCAUUAUUAUACCAUCAGCCAGAAGAGAGCAAGAAUGUAACUCACUAACUUUUGACUAGCUAUAAUAAAUGUUUGGUUUGCUCAUCUGUGCCAUGUUUAAGCUUUUAAGAAGCUUGACAUGUUUAGCUACAGUGCUGUAUUCCCUACAUGUAGUCACUACAUGCUAGUGUCCGAACUCUGCAAUUUGUGUUAUUAGUUUGUACUGGCAAUGAGAGGUGUAAUUGCAGGGCAGGUGUUGCUCAGUCCUGGUUCUGAGCUCUGUAGGAGAAACAGCAUGCUCAGAAGUAUGUGCAAAGACAUUCAGAGGUAUGUAUUCACCUGUCAUUAAUUCCCUUCUGAAAGUUGAAAUCAAUUAAGUUGCCCUCUGUCCUCACCCAGCUGCCAUCCCUCUCCAGUGCUUUCACCAACCGUGGGCUGCUUUGGUGUUGCACAAAUCUUGUCUUCCUGUAACAGCAAAACUGCUGAUGCUGAUAACUUGAACCACAACAAGCUCUUUUCCUUUCAGGUGUCAGCACCAGUGGCUUCCCUCAGCUGAUGCCAACCAGCAUCUGGCCCACCAAAAGGCACACCCCUUCUAAAUGAGAAAAAGUGUAAUGUUUUUACAACCAUGAGCCAGUUUUCUGAUCUUUUCAUUAUAUACAUUAUGCUAGGUAGAAUUAGAGGUGAGGAUGACACACCUCUAAAAUUAACUUUUUUGUUUUAAACUGUUGACAGAGAGAUCUGCAGCUGCCUCUACAACCACAUGCAGAAAAUACUGUACUUCAGACAAAUGGGUGCAAUGUUCACCUUUUAAUGAGAAGGGCUGGGGAAGCUUAGGGACAUUCAAGUUUUGAUUGAGCAUUGGGAUACUUCCUCUUGUUGGUGCAUAUACCUGACAAAUUCCCAUGUGUUUUUUCUUGUGCCUCCUUUUCCAAGCAGUGAUACACUCUGUUGUUUGGCAAACCCUAUAGGCUUCAUGUCAUGACUUAGCUUUCUGUCAAGAAUGAAAAGAAGAAAGAAGUCUACGCUGUAUUGCUAAAAGAUUGUUUUUCCUUUAAAGCAGUGGCUUAAAACUAUGAAAAUUAUUCAUCUCCAUUAUUAAAGGAUUGCAUAAAAACAUCUAAGUUUUCCUGGAUCUCAAUGAGUGUGUUCUAAAGGAAUGAUCCUGUUGCUAAAGUAAAAUCCUUCAUUUCAACUGUUGUAAAGGUGCAGCUCUAACAGAAGUCUGACACCCAUCUGGUAUCAACAAUACUUUUUAAGGAUAUGGCUCUGAACCCUUUGAUUGGUUGAACUUGGAGCAUUUCUCUACUGAAUGUUUUUGAACUGCAGAAACAUCAGCCACUCACUCAUGGGUGAAGCGCUUGGGGUGUAGUCGUCUUCUUUUAACUUAAAAAGGGUUUGUGUGGACACAGCAUUGUCAGUCCUUUUGCCAGUUCAUUUAUUCACAGAAGACCCCAGUGCCUGUACAGCACAUGAGCCCUGCCCUGGGUGCUGGAGAUCGUCAGUGUGGAGCCCCUCAGGUGGAGGAGGCAGGAGCAGCCAUAUCUGCCAAAGGCGUUGCUUCCGUGUUCUCACGUUGCAUUUCAAAUACAGUUAAGCUGAAACAAUGCAUUGCCACCAACCCAGACAAGCCUUUUCUCUGUCCAGCCUUUUUUUCUGGAUUCUCCCCAUCUGAAAACAGUCAUAUAUACACUACUGAAGGGACACAAAGCUGCAUUUUUAUGUAAUUUACCAAACAUUUUUGUCAGCUCUGCUUGUUUUGUUGGGGUUUUUUCCUGUUGUGAAUACUUUUCCAUCUUAAUAGAGUUACUGUCUUUUGUUUCUGUUUAAGACAUGUAAGUAUGAUGUUUUACAAAUAAUUUUCUCCUUUGUGGGGAGUAGGGGUAGUUAUCAAUGUGUCUAGCCUACGUCUGCCCAGAAAGCUCACAGGUGAUGGAAGUACCACAUGAAAAGGAGAUCACAUGUAAUUAAUAAAUUAAAUAAAAAUGUC